AUGAUGCAAGCCAAGAAGAUUAAGUACGAUGUCAUCGGACUGACCGAGUGCGACAGUAGAGGUGUUGGUGGAGUUGACGUCCUCGUCGACACAAGUAUGGCAAUGAACAUCGACUCUUUCGAACAACUUACGACCCGAAUCGGACGUCUGCGGAUGAGAUGUGGUCCAACACUAGCUUUGACUAUCUUCGUCGCUUACGCUCCAACAUCAAGCUACGAAGAAAAAGAAGUCGAAGCUUUCUAUAUACACCUGGAGAAGUUCUACCGAGAUGAUUAUACCUUCUACAAGGUCAUAAUUGGCGAUUGCAACGCCAAAUUUGGCCGAAGAAGAACGCUUGAGGAACUUCACAUCGGGAUCCACGGCCACAAUGGAAUGAACAGGGGUAGAGGGUCUCCGAGUUCAUUAUGA